UUUAUUCAUGCAGGUCCCAGGGACUGCAUUGUAUCUGCAUGUAAAUAGCAUACACUGGAUUUGAUCCUUGUGACCCAAGAGAUGCACUGACAAAGGUGGUCAAUCGUGUACUUUACCCAAAAUCAUUAACGCACAACCCGUCUGACUCCUAGCUUCCAGCACUGGACCGUUCACAAUGAAAGUCCCCCUCAAGAGACAAUUCAAGAUGAGCCUGCUGGAUAUCACCAAGAUCUUCUCCCUGCUCCAGCCCAGAGAAGACGAAGACGGGGACACAGAAAGACAAGAGCUGAGUCUCGCCGUGUCCCAGGACAGCUACCAGCUGUUGGACCUACUGCUGCACCAAGAGAGAUACAAACGGGUCAUCAACAGUAGGAGCGGUUGGGGGGUGCCUGGCACACCCCUGCGCCUAGCGGCCUCCAAGGGCCACGUGCGGUGCGUCAGGGUGCUCCUGGCCCACGGAGCCGAAGUGGACAGCCUGGACGUCAAGGCCCAGACACCGCUGUUUAUUGCCGUCAACAAUGGGCACCUUGACUGCGUGAAGGCCCUCUUGGGUGCGGGCGCCAGUCCUUCCGGGAGCAUUCACAAUAACUGCACUCCCCUGCUCACGGCCGCGCGAGAGGGAGCCCUUGAGAUCCUGCAGGAGCUCUUGUCCCACGGGGCAGAGCCCAACGUCAAAGCCAGGCUCCCGGAGUGGGCGGCCAACUCGGUGGCCUGCUGUGGACCUUUGUACUUGUCCGCAGUCUAUGGCCAUCUGGAGUGCUUCAAGGCCCUCUUGCUGUUCGGGGCUGAGCCCAACUACAACUGCAGGGAUGGAAACAUGAUCGGCCGCAUUAAGCACCCAAAGACCCUCCUGGAAGUCUGCUUGAGGCACGGCUGCAGGGUGGAGUUUGUCAAGCUCCUCAUUGAUUUCGGUGCCAACGUCUACCUGCCUGGCAUCACCCUGGAUAAGAGCUCAGCAAGCCCUGAAGUGCUCCAGCUGUUGGCCAGAGAGAGAGCGUUCCCCAAAUCCUUGAUGUCCCAAUGCAGACUGGCAAUCAGGAGGUUUAUGAAACUGGAAAACCAACCCAAUGCUGUGGAUCAACUGGACAUCCCCCUAGUGCUGCUCAACUACCUCAAACACCAAUUGUAACAGAAGAUGAACGCUGAAUCGCCCAGGGUUACCAAGUCCUGUAACUGGAUAAGAAAAAAAAAAAGAGAGAAACUUCUAAGAAUUGGGAUGCGAGUGUUUGAUGGCCGGUUUGAAUGAAUUUGACGGUGUGUGUGAAAGAAAUACACAGGUACAAUGUG